UCCCUGACCCCACUCCCCGUGUCCCAUCAUGCGCUGCGAUCCUGGGAGGGUUACGGGGUUUUGCUGUCAUCUCCCUGACGUGCUCUGCCUCCCUCUCUCUCAUUCUGUCUUCAAGCAGUCCUCUCCAAAAGGUAUCACCGUCCCCUAUCGUCCCAAGCCAGUUUCGGCACCUGUCAUCUUUGCCGGUGGCCAGGCCUACACGAUUCAGGGACAGUUUGCCAUUCCACAUCCUGAUCUCACCAAGUUGCACCAACUCGCAAUGCAGCAAACCCCUUUCACCCCCGUGGGACAGACCAGUCCUGGAUACUCAGGUCAGUCUUUGGGGUGGGGGAUAGGGUGGUGAACAGACUGAGUCAGUGCUUGCUCAUCUGUCU